AGUCUCUUUCUGGAGGGAGACGUGGCUGCAGUGCAGACAUUACCCUCCGUGGACCCCCAGCCUCUCUUCUAUUCCUCUGCAGGCGCGUGGAGCAACUUUUGCAUUCAUUAUCAGCCUUGUUGACGAUUAAUUAGCGCCUUUUGUUUCCUCAUGUCUGUUGAUGAGCACACAGAGGGAGCGGAAUAAGCAGCGGACUGAACACCAGCAACGCACAGCGGGCCCUCAGUGUUGAACAAACUGAGAAAUCCAAACAGGAUGUGUUGACAUCACCUUGGGUUCCUCCAGUCUCUCUCUGAAAUGGCGCUCUCUUUGCAGGGUUCCACUUUGAACGCAUCCCACCUGUUCACCAACACCAGCAUGCUAACGAACGCCACAUGGAAUUACACCAAUGACCAACUCAUUGAAGUCAACCUGGUUGAAAUCCUGGGACCAAAACGAUCCCCCUUCUUCCUUCCCGUGACCAUUGUUUACCUCCUCAUAUUCCUCGUUGGCUUAUCUGGGAAUCUGCUGACUUGUGCCGUGAUAGCCAAGCACAAAAAGAUGCGAAACCCCACCAACCUCUACUUGGUGAGCCUGGCCAUGUCGGACCUCUUGGUGCUUUUGUUCGGGAUGCCACUGGAGAUUUAUGACCUGUGGCAGAACUACCCAUUCCCGUUUGGCGAAGGCGGAUGCUUAUUCAAGACCUUCCUAUUUGAGACUGUCUGCUUCGCCUCGAUCCUCAACGUCACCGCUCUGAGUGUGGAGAGGUACAUCGCUGUGGUGCAUCCUCUCAAAACUCGCUACCUGUCGACCAACCAGCACGCCAAGCGAGUCAUCACCAUCGUUUGGUUGGUGUCAAUGAUCUGUGCCAUCCCGAACACCUCACUGCACGGCGUGUUUUACAUCCCAGAGAACAUUGAGGAGUCGGCCAUUUGCACUGUCCUGAAGCCUCUGUGGAUCUAUAACAUGCUCAUGCAGAUCACCACUGUUUGCUUCUUUUUUGCGCCCAUGAUGGUGAUUAGUGUUCUGUACCUGGUGAUGGGACUACAUUUGUGCAGAGAAAGGCGGCAACCAAGCAGGAACUUUGGAAAUAACUGCGGGAGCUUCACCCGAAAGAAGAGCAGUGUGAUGGGGCGAAGGCGACAGGUCAACAAAAUGCUCACGAUUGUGGUGGCUGUGUUCGGGAUCUGCUGGGCGCCCUUCCACAUCGAGCGGCUCCUGUGGAGUUCCAUCAGCCAGUGGACUGAUUUGAUGCACAACAUUUAUCAGUACGUCCACAUCCUCUCGGGCGUCUUCUUCUACCUCAGCUCAGCAGUCAACCCCAUCAUAUACAGCCUGCUCUCCACCCGCUUCAGGGAGUGUUUCAGGGAACUCGUGUGCUCCCACACAGAGGACAGCAGCUCUGUCAGAGACUCACCUCCGUUUCCUAAGAUCUUACUUGAUCCCUCUGUCUCAAGCUGCAGAUCUCAGACUGAGGACAAACACUCGAAUGCCGUCAUCCCUCUUCUGUCUCCAAACAUGACUCUGAGCAUAGACUCUGCAAUCCUCACAUGUGCAUGUAAAGAGACGACCUGCAGGACCUCUGUGUUUUAACUGAGAUGUGAUCUAAAUACGCUGACAAGCUAACACAGAACAUAAUUCAAAAGAAAAGCUGCACAAUUUCGGAAAGAGGGAUUAUUUUCUCUAUUUUAAGGAGUCAGAUGAGAGGAUAGAAACUUGGUAUGCAUAAAGCACCAGGUGAACCUUCGCUGCUGAAAAAUGAAGCCAGUGCAGAAGUGCAAUAAACUGCACUUCCUUGAGUGUCCACGUGAGGCUUCAUGAUCAAACCCCGUUAUUCUUCAUGUUGAAAAGCCCAUUCUUACCGCAAAGCUAAACAUGUUUAUAUACUGGUACAAAAACAGUUUAGGUCUCUAUACCUCAUUUCUUUGUUUCAUAUCCAAUGUAUGAGGAGGAAAUUAAUUUAUAACUCAUCAAUUUUGAUGGUUUUAAUUGACUUAUUUAACACAUUUUCAAAGUCUUUAUUACUUUUUGUUUACAGUUCAGUUCAGUUUUUUUGUAAAGUUUAUCUUUUGGGACUUCACUGAAAGAUAUCUCACUGAGAGAUAGGACAGUGGGUAAAGUAGAAAACUGGGAGAGAGAUAGUGGAAUGACUUGGGACAAAGGGCCGAGGGUAGGAAUUGAACCCAGGCCUGGGGCUUUCGAUUUGACCUCUUGACCAAACUGGUGUCCCACAAUUUAGUUCUUAAUUUAACAGGAAUAGCAAAAAGUGGUCAUUUAAACCCACCUCCAGACCUUGAGGCACAUUUGUGGUAAAUGUGUGAGUGCUUGGUGUUGUCCCACUGUCAAAUCAUCAAGGCUGUGAUGCUCCAAUGCAGACUUUAUAACCCCAAACUACGUAAAUACUUUCCUUGAUUCAUAUGCAGGACUUACCCAAAGUUCAUUGCAAACUUGGUGAUGUAAUGCCCACUUAAUACAGUAAACCAGUGUUCGUAUAUGAAUUAGUAGACUUUUCAGUAAGGUUAGAAAGGUAUAGCCUCUAUAAACAAAGCACCUUAGACAGCAGGACUAAGUUUGUCUGCAAGUCUAGUCUCUGAACGCCAUUAAAGCCUGUGAGGGUUCAGUAGGGUCAAUUUGGGGCUUUGUGUUUGCCUAAUUAAGCCAAAAGUCUGGAAACAGAGAAAAGAAGAUGCCCGAAAAUGAGCCUCAUAAAAAUUACACUAAUUAACAUAUAAGGCUUGAUCUUUCAAAGGGUGCAACACAGCUGCUGGGGCUCAUUUCCAGAAAACUCACUUCUCUUUUUAUGAUCACUGUACAAGCUGUGCAUAUAGGAAAUGCUCCUGUGGCCAUCCACGUGCUUCUGUGUCUGUUGAAAACAGAGUCAUAAACAAUAACAACCUUUUCUUAAGCAGAUGGUGCAGUUUUUUUUCCUGCUCUAAGCAGAAAGUAAGAUGAGCCGUCACGGGCAGCAUUCCUCACACUUAGUCAAGCUCCAUGAGGUCAUGGUUUUGUAUUUUUUUUUCAUUUCAGUACAUUCAUUGUAAUUGUUUUACCCGUGUCUGUCUUCUCAAACGUGGUCCUGCUUGUUUCACGUGUGUCUUGUUAUCACCUUAUCAGCUGUGUGUAUGUUCCCGUGUGUCUCCCCUCUCAUUGCUGGUUUGUUGUGCUUCUUCAUUCCAACAUUCUUCCCUGUGAGUGUCCUAGUGUUAUGACCACUGCCUGUGUGUUUGUCUCUACCUUCUUGCUUGCCCCCUUUUUGAAUUGUUCACCUUACUAGACUGAUUAUCCGUGUGCAAACUUUAGAAUGUCCAUUCACUCUGCCUGCUGUUUUUUGUACCCCUGCUUUUGUACUGAAUUAAGCAUUUUGGGUCCAUCGUCCUGUUCUGCAGCUUGUUUGCCUCCUGACUUCGUUACACCACUUUGUUCUUCACAACAAGCUUAGUCUGAACUAUAAAAAGUUCUCCCAUAUAUAUAGCAAGGUUUGUAUACCUGGUUCUUAAAAUGGAUUGGAGAUAGCACAUUGAUUACGGUCACGCCCAAAGCACACAAGUGAUGAAUUUAGACAAUCCCCUUUGCCCCUUACUUUGCACACAGAUUACAUACCUCCUAACUUGGGCUGUCAGGCUGUAAACACUGCAUAUGUGUGAAUGAUCAAGGAGGCUCUUUUAUUUCACAUUUGCUCCAUCCUUACAGAAGCCAGAGUGUAAACAAAAUCUAUCACACCAGACUUUGAAGUUGCUCCAAUCCUCUCAUCUGAUCCUUGCCGAGGAAGUGAUCUUGUCCUUCUUCUGAAAAUGUUAAAUUCCUUCAAACUUAAGACGUGUCAUUGAAGCGCUUGUACUUGAACUUGAUUUACUCCGUUUUCUUUGUUACUAUAAAUGAUAUCGCUGAACAGUGCCUGCAUAUUCCACCUGCUGUCUUACUCUGUAACUGCUGAAUGCCUUCGAAAGAAAGUGGGACAAUCGAGUGUGAUUCAAGAGUUGUUGUACUGGAUUACAUUUUUAAAGAGUCAUGUUAUGCUGAGCUGUACAAACAGGUGCAAUGUUUCUCUGUGUUUGGUGAAACUUGUUGAAAAAAGAAUGUAAUACUGUACUGUGA